AUGUUUCGGGAUCCCCACCACGGCCCCGCCCCGCAGGAGACCUUGUACGAUAUAAGAAUCCGGGAAACGGAGUUCACAAACCUUUCUUCUAAUUUACAAUUCUCUCCCUGUGGCAUCAUCCUCACUCUCCAAUUUGAUCUAGUCGGUCUUGUCACAAGUGCCACUUGCAGUGUCAUCCAUCAAAAUGAGCGGAAUACCACCAGGUGCGCCUCAAUCCCCCGGCUUGGAUACAUGGACCUGAAUCUGACUCUAGCAGAAGUCGAAGCAUACAACGAAAAAAUGCGAGAAUCCAUCUACGCCGUCGCGACACCGCUCAACAUCACCCUCGCCCUCAUCCUGCUUACGAUCCUGUACCUUCGUCUACGGCCCUCAGAGCCACCGAGCCUCCCCAAGGGUCCUUCACCGAUCGUUUUCCAAACCUACACGCCGCGCACGCUACUCAAGUACAAUGGCAAAGACAACAGGCCCGUCUACCUCGCGGUCAAGGGCAAAGUAUACGAUGUGAGCAGCGGGCGCAAUUUCUAUGGACCCGGUGGCCCUUAUGAAAACUUUGCGGGCCGUGAUGCCACGAGGGGCCUGGCCUGUCAGAGUUUUGAUGAGGAGAUGUUGACCAAGGACCUCGACGGGCCGCUAGAUGAUUGUAAGGAUCUGACGCCUGAACAGAUUGAGAAUUUGAAUGGGUGGAUCGAGAGGUUUGAUGAGAAGUAUCUUGUUGUUGGCAAAUUGGUGGCAUUUAAAAAGACCGAUUUCCAUUGA